AUGGCGAGAUCCCCGUUCCAGUCUCUGGAUCCGGCAGUCCGCCUCCCUCCACGUCACUCACGCCCUUCACGCUCACCUUCACGAUCCCCUGAACGAAGGGCCCAAUUCCUCUCCCAUCAGCUCGAUCCUCUCCUCUCCGACCUCUCUCCAGAGACGACGCUGCAAGUUCUCUCUGACACAGAUGCUCUCUCGAUACCUAAAAACACUCCGCAUAGCCUUUUGGCCAAAAGCAUAUCUGACGUCUCAACCGUGGAUCGCGCAUUCGGCAUCAGAGCUGCCGUAGCCGCCCAGAAGCUGAACGAAUGGCAUACUGAGGUCCUCUCCUGGCUCUGGCCGGACGACAACAGCUCAGAUAGAAGAAACGGCUUUCUUCCGCCCCAAGAGUUCGCUGACAGCUCCGCCAGGGAAGAAGACCGUGCUGGAAUUUCCGCGUUAUCCCCAGAGACUGAUAAUGAAGUAUACUAUGGAAGCCUACCUGCGAGCAUCCUGAAGCUAUAUAAAGAACGGAUUAAGGGAAUAAAAGAUGGCAUGGACGCUCUAGACGUCGAGGAACUGAAGGAGCAUGUUCUCACAGCUCAUAUUCCUUCACGAUCUCGUCCACCAUCUUCUGCCAGCACCAUGUCUACAAACUCACGUCUAGCUACCUAUCUGAGAAUGAGUGACUUUACCGCAGUGAUAACGGCUACAAUACUACGAGCCCUCCCGGUGCUAUCCAAAUUAAAUUAUCUGUUGAACAACUGGCACUCUCGGUUGCUCGUUCUCAGUCAGGUUCCCGGGCUGCUCACGGGGCUUCGGGAAACAAAACGGGCUAUUGACAAUGCGCUUAGCCGGCUGCAAAACGGCCUACUUCCUGAACUUGAUGACCCCCUCUUCUCCAGAGAGUCUUUCAGAUCAAGCUGGAGAGAGUUGCAAGGCAUGGUCUCAUCACUCGGUAGUCGUAUAGAUGGUAUGCUUGAUAUCCUUGAGGGUAGAGAAGAUUCCCUACCAGAUAGCUGGAUCGAUGAGAUGGAGGCUAUCGAAUCGAGGUUUGCUACCUGGGCGUUUGAGGCGGAAAGGAAAGCAGUACAAAAUGAGCUGAGAUGUCUAUAUCAACGUGAACUCGACGAUUACAUGUCACGGAAAGCUUCCAAGGAACCCGCGCGGGAUCAGUUGAAGAGUAUACAAGAGGAUACCUCCAUCGAUACCUCUCAGGACACAACAGCAGAACGUCAUACCCUCCGUCCAGACACAUCUUCCAAGCCCGAGUCUAUCUCUCACACUCCACAGACACCAUCUGCUACCAAGGCUAAUGAAACAACCGAAUUACAAACAGCCGCCCUUUCUACCACUCAGACCUCUUCAAACGUAGAUACCGCAGAUUCACCAUCUCCAGCCCACGAUCCUAACCAGAGAUUUGGAAACACUUCCAGUUUAAUACCAAAUGAUACCAAUGCUACAGUUGUCGGAAACUUAAAAGAUUAUGAUAACCUUAGCUUUGAAUCAAAGCGAGCCUCCCAUCCAGCCUUAUACGAUGGUGCUUAUAGCGAAGAAGACGCUGACAUUGUUACCAGACCUAGAUCCCGUAGGCACAAUGACAUGGCAAGCCCAAAAUCGACCAGCUAUGGAGACAGGUCUCCUGAUACAUCACCAGCCCCCAUUACGUCGUUGCCUGGUCUAAGAAAAAGGUCGAGUAAACGCGAAAACAAUGUUCCUUCUAGACUUCAAUUGAUACCAUCAGGAUCAGACGCCACGAUUAAGCAGAACGACUUUACUGCUUCAGUCGACUCGUCUAGUGCUUCAUUUUUUGUCGCCAAGGACGAUGCAGAUGCAAACUUUGUUCAGCCUUUACAAUCUCCAGCAACUCCGGCCCAAGUAUCCCCCAGUUUCAGCUCCAGCGGUUCGGUAAUCCACCAUACCCCAGAAGCAACGAAGCACUCCUCGUCUCGUAUUACCAGCAGUGCAUCCUCAUCCCCUGACCUUCAGACACCACCUUCUCUUCGGCUGUUUGGGCGAACUAUGAGUUUACCAUUGGCUCGUUAUAUCAAUGAUGAAGCCAGCUCGUUGUAUGGCCAGGACUCUAUCUACCACUCGAAUGACCAGUCCCGAAUCAGCACAGCAUCUAUCGAAUCCAUUGACCUAUCACCAAAGGGACAGCUUAGAGAUUCAACCUUUGAUAGACGUAGAAGUUUAACCCCUAGCACAUCAGCAAAAUCUGAUCUACGGAGAUCGGUCUCAUCGGCCAGCAUUUCUUCCUCCCCUCGUUUACAGGAGAAGCUCAGCCUUGGCCGGCUGUCGAAUUAUAUGCGACCCUCACAUAUACAGCGCAGUGCAAGUUCUGAACUGUUAUACCUUGAGAAAUCAUCAUUAUCUACGGGCUCUCCUGACACUAAUUUUUCAUCCACUCCUCUUAAACCCAUCAAAUUCCCCUCCAGGCUGAGCCCACUCGUUCGAUCUGCAUCUCCAGGAACAGAGAGUACAUAUGCAGAUGGCGACUCUCUUGAACGUAUAUCUCCUCCGCUCAAACCAAGAUUUCACCCAGGUACCAAAACGCCUGUUAAAAUCCCCCACGAUGAAUUAGACGACAGAAUACAUUCCAUACUGGGCACUAUUCCUACCAAAAUCCGCCUUAAAUCUACUGUUAGCGAAGACUCAGGCGAACCCCUAGUACAGGAAAAUUUACAGGUCCCCAAAAAUUCCAGCCGCACGCGCUCUUCUUCUCCGACACCAUCCCGUUCUAGCACGCCCACACCAUCCCUUACCCUGACCCCAGCAUUCGGGCGUUCCAAACGCCGCAAUAAUCCUGGUCCGGACGAAGUACGGCUCUACCAUCUUCAUAGGGGCGGAAAAGCAGCCCCAGUGAAACUGUUUGUCCGGUUAGUUGGAGAGACUGGUGAGAGGGUAAUGGUACGCGUUGGUGGCGGCUGGGCGGAUCUAGGAGAAUAUCUUCGCGAGUAUGCCAUGCACCACGGACGCCGGGGAAUAAUAGACGGAAAAUUUGAAGUGCAGGGUAUUCCAGUUGUUAGCAAGUAUCCUCGGCCUUCUACUCCCAAUCCUACAAAUGGCCGAACAACUCCCAUACCUCCCUCACGGCCUGGUUCCGCUAUGGAUAUACGCCCUGUGUCCUCACUAGCAGUCCGUAAAGCGAGACGUGCAACCGGCUCUGGUGCAGACCUACUACCAAACCUGACUGCUGCUAAUAUUCAAAGGCUCUCCGAAGAGGGUGUUAGUCCCGGUAACUCUUCUAUUCGAUCCCCACAAAGACGUCCAUCAUUAUCCUCCAGCACCUCCAUGAGCAUGACAUCAGCCGCGGGAGAGAAUUCGUUCCACACCACCACGCCAUCCCAUCGUUCCUUUUCCACUGUCACUGGUGCCGGCCAUUCAACACCACUCGGACUGGCCGGUCCCAAACCACGAUCUAAAAAACAUACCAUUAGCCCAGAGAGUGAAGCCUGGGUCGAAGAUGUCAUGGGCCAGGCGAGAAGAAGCUCGUCCACUCUCAGGGCACAGCGAUCUAUGACCGCUAUGCGAAGCAGCUCUGGUGUUCUCAGGCGUAUGCCGAGCGGCACUCUCAAUGAGCAGAGCCCUACUAAUAAUAUUGGAAUGAACAAAGUCCGGAGUGAGAAUAAACUCCGAAGUGCAAGUGAUAUGGGAGGCGUAUCACUUAACAAACGAGUCUUUUUACGUCGACUUGGAAAAGAAAAGGAGUAG